AAUCUGACCGUUAAAACCUCGAAGAAGACUUCCAAAUAUCGGUUAACUCCUGAUUUUCCCGCCAGUUUCAAAAGCCAUUAUCGAAUGCAUAAAUUAUUUCGAUCUCAUCUUGUUUAUCUGUGUUCCAGUCUCAAAAGUUGCUAUGAAAAUCCCAAAUUUUUUGUACCCAUUUCACAAUUACACACUUUCCCUGAAACCCUAGGUCCCAAUUCAAAGCUAGAUUUUGUUUUCAAUGAAGUUGAGGCUCUCAAUUCUUCAAUCUCCACAAACCAUUUAGCUCAACCAUCAUCAAAAGCCAAUGAACUGUCUGUUCAAAGGGAAUACAUUAAAGAAAAGGAAUCGAUGGUUCAGAUUUCACACCCUUGGCCUGAAUGGGUAAAUUUAAUGAAAUUGUUGAUAAGGAGAAGCUACUUCGAAAUCAAUGGAAACCCAUUUCUAAAUGGAGAAUUGGGUAACAAGGAAAAGAACUGGAUUAGAACUGCGUGUCUGAAUUUUGGACGAGAUCAAUUUGGGCUUAUAAGGUUCUUGUCAAGGAAAGACAUCCAUGUCAUUGUUGGAUGCGGCUGUCCAAGCAUAGAUAGGAAAGUAGUCAACUCAGGGAAGCGUCUAAGAGCACAUGUAGGCAUUGAUGAAGGAAAUGUUUGCAGCUCCUGCAAAUUGAGGGGAGAUUGCGAAAGGGCAUAUGUGAAGGCACGUGAAGAUGAAGGUGGGCGGACUAUAGAUGUCAUGCGCAUUCUACUGACAUAUGGACUUGAUUCUAUUUUUGUUGAAAACAAGGCAGUUCAAAACAAAAUUGUUAAAGAUUCGGUUAGAAUGUUAAUGAAAGAAAUGGUAGAUUACAGCAGCCAGCCACUUGACUCCGAUCUUCAAGACGGCAAGAUCUUGAAAUAUGGUGCAACUCUGGAAAAUCACUCAAAUGUUCCAAUGAAGCAAGGCGAUUGGCUUUGCCCGAAGUGCAACUUCCUUAAUUUUGCCAGAAAUAUUAGGUGUUUGCGCUGUGAUGGUCUGUUCCAAGAAAGAUUGAAACAACUACACGAAGAUCAAAAUCAUCUUCCCUUGAAAAAAGGAGACUGGAUUUGUGAAAAAUGCAAUUUCUUGAACUUUGCAAAGAACACAAGAUGUUUGCAGUGCAAGGAGAAACCUCCAAAGCGGCAGCUAAAUCCUGGGGAGUGGGAAUGCGAAUCGUGCAAUUACAUCAAUUUCAGAAGAAACAUGGUGUGCUUGAAAUGUGAUCACAGACGGCCAAAGGCAUUAAAUGCUACAAACAUCACUUCUACUCAGCCUGAACAUGAUAAUGCAGGCUAUCCCAACCAAAGGAGAUCAAGGUUUGUUCAUGAUGAAAAUGAAGCCAAUGGUGAUAAAUCCAUGGGACCAGAAAGAAGAAAUCAAAGAAGACGUGUAGAGAUGUGGAGAUUUGUGGAGGAAGAAAGAGAAGAUAAUCAGAAUGAGGACUCUAGAUUUGUGAAUUUCCCCAUCGUGGGAGGUAAAAGCAGCUUGUCGCAAAAUGCAGAAAAGAGAGAGAGAUGGAAGAUAGAGAUGUUAGAGAAGAAUAAAACUAGUACAAGAACAAAUGAAAGUGAUGAAGAAUUUAGGUUCACUGAUACCCAGAGAUGCAAGUACCUUGAAGCAACUGAUGAUGAAGACAUGUCUGAAUGGUUUGGGAACGGAAAAGAAAUGGAAUAACAAAGUUCUACAACGACAGCUGAGAAAUUCCGGACUAGUGAUCGGACAAAAUUUUGUUUUGUAAGAUGAGAAAUUGUGAUAGGAAUUGGCACUUACCCAUGUAUUGCAGGUUCCAUAAAAAUCCUUUUCUGUGCAUAAGAUUGGAUAUAAAAAUGUCAAAAAUGAAAAAUCUACAACACGUUUGAUAGUCAGUUUCUUUGCAUAAGAAAAGGUAACAGCUUCAGUCAGAAAUUCUUUGAAGUUCCUUUACAACAAGUUUACAGAAGAAGCAUUCAAACAAGCAUUUUUGUACUUGCGAAUUA